AUGGCGGCGGCAGUUGAGGGUGAAAAGGUUCUCCUCCCGCCAGAUGCGGCUUCAACAAGUAAGCUGCUCGAUGGUUGGUUUGGGGGUUGGAAUUGGAAUAUUUGGGGCGGCGGCAGCCCCUCCGGCUGCGGAUGCAGCAACCCGCCUCCCACCGGCGGCUGCGGAUGCAACAAUGUUAAUCCUCCAGUAGUUCCAACUCAGCCACCGUGCAGCCCCCCACCGCCAUCACCGGCGGUUCCACUUCCCUCGCCACCCCCGCCGGAGCUUCCUCCAUCCGUUCCCCCGCCGCCAUCACCGGCGGUUCCACUUCCCUCGCCACCCCCACCGGAGCUUCCUCCACCAGCGCCGGUAUGCGGCACCUGCACCCCCCCAUCGCCGCCGGCACCGGAGCUUCCUCCACCCGUGCCCCUCCCGUCGCCGGAGCUUCCACCUCCGACUCCACCGCCACCGCCGAGUUGCAUGGCGACGCUGGGUGGUUCAUGCACAACCGAUGCUCAGUGUUGCGGAAACCGGUGUCAAAGGGUUUACCGCGAACGAAACGGGCAGGUUAUACAAAUUGUGAAGCCUCCUCGGUGCUGUAUCUGGCAAGGCGGGGACUGUAGCCAGACUCCUCAAAACUGUUGCGACGUUAGAGCUAGACCAGGCGUCAUUAACCAAGGAGUUUGUGCAUCAGGAAUAUGUACGGACUCGGGAAGGAGGAUCGCUUAA